GUAAGUUGCAAGUAUGUUUUAAGAGUUCCAUGGUGGUUAACCCUCUUAUCCAUUUCCUGUGGUCCACCACACUCCACACCAUGCCUUUUCCCAGUCCUCGCAUCACAAGAUUCAACAAAACCAAGACGAACGAGAAGAAGAUGAUAAACCCAUUAUUAGAUUCUCAUUUCCGUAUAUUCAUUCUUUGUCCUCUCCUUCCUCCAUUAAUGUCUACUUUCUAUCCUUUCCCUCUUCCUUCAAUCUCUCCUUACCUCCAUUUUCUCUCUCCUUCUUCCUCCAUUGUUGAACCUCCUUUCUUUUCUGGCCCCCAUUUUCACCUCCUAAUUUCUCCCCCUUCUGCUCACUCUAACCCUACGCUUUUAAAGCCUAAUCGUCGUUCUCAAUUUGGGGAUCCAAUAUCUACUUUUGACGAUGAUGAGGAAGAGGAAGAAGAUGAAAUUGUCGAAGAUUCGAAUUCAAAUUCUUGUCUUGAUGAUGAUGAUGGUGGUGGUAUUCCUUGGUUUAAUGAUGAUGAAGAUGAAUUUGCAGAACCAGCAAACCUGAAUAGGGGUCAACAAAGAUCAAAAUUGUUGGCUGCGACCAAGCUGAGAUCAGGAACCCGGAAGAAGACAAGUGGUGUCAAUGGGAAAACCAAUGGCAAAGGGAAGUGGGAAGGAAAGAAAGGUCCAAGGAGGAAAUACUCUCAGCUAGCUGAAGAAUUUCGGCUAGAUACCAGAUGGAUUCCCCUUCUUGAUUAUCUGAGCACUUUUGGCAUCAAAGAGUCUCACCUUGUUCAGAUGUACAGGAGACACACAAAUGCCUUUCAUAUCAAUGUUUACUCUGCUCGGGAAAGGUUGAAUUACUUGUUGGAUGUUGGUGUCAAGCACAACGAUAUCAAAAAGAUGCUAUUACGGCAACCUCAAAUUCUUGGUUAUACUGUGGACAGCAAUAUGAAAUCCCAUGUUGCAUUUUUGUUGGAUUUGGGCAUCCCAGAAUCUAAGAUAGGACAAGUAAUCACUGCUGCUCCAUCUAUCUUCUCAUAUAGUUUGAAAAAUUCUUUGAAGCCCACUGUUAGAUACUUGAUCGAGGAGGUUGGGAUCAAGAAAAGUAAUUUGGGUAAAGUUGUCACUUUGAGCCCUCAAAUUCUUGUUCAGCGGGUCGAUGUCUCCUGGAAUGAUCGCUAUGAUUUCCUUUCAGAAGAGCUAGGAGCUCCUAAAGAUAGUGUUGUGAAAAUGGUUACAAAACAUCCCCAGCUUCUUCAUUACAGUAUUGAAGAUGGAUUAUUGCCCCGGAUUAAUUUUUUAAGGAGCAUUGGCAUGCAAGAUUCUGAAAUCUUGAAAGUUUUGACAAGCAUCACACAGGUUGCGUGCCAUCUUUUUGUGCAGGUACUGUCUCUGUCACUAGAGGCAAACCUUAAGCCUAAGUACAUGUAUUUAGUCAACGAACUUCAAAAUGAAGUGCAAUCCUUAACAAAAUAUCCCAUGUAUUUGAGCUUGUCACUAGAACAAAGAAUUCGUCCUCGGCAUAGAUUUUUGGUUUUCCUGAACAGAGCACCUGAGGGACCGUUUCCUCUGAGUUCUCUGGUUCCAACAGAUGAAUCUUUCUGUCAGCAGUGGGCUGGAACUAGUGUUGAUAAGUACUUAGCAUUCAGGCAGAGCCUGAUGCUGAAAGAGUUGGCAAAAAAAUAUGAGAAGCAAGGAUAAAUUGGGUUGCCUUUACAAGAUUAGGACAAAUCCGAUACCCACGCCCUCCUUUCAUGAGACAAUUUACUCAAAUUUUGGAUGAAGUUCGUAACUAACAUUUGAUCUCGUGGUCACAAUGGAAUCGAGAUAAAUUGUAUACACUACAGAUAUGCAACAAUCAAUGCAUAGCUAUCAUACAUUCAUACAAAUGUUUUUUUCAAGCCCAUGACACCUCAAGAAUAGCGGUGGAUGGCCAAUUUUGUAGAAGUAUCAUAAGGCAUUAAUGGUUUGCAGUUGUGCAGCUAAGGCCGUCUCACAACAGAGUAUCUAUUCUUUUUAAUUCAAAGUGCCUUAAUAUUCGUUAUUCUAAGUAUAAUUACCUUUAAAUAUUUACAUCAAAUACAAACAUGAGUUACGAGGAAGUUUCAUCUUAUAUCAAGCUUAGUUGAUCAAGUACUGAUCAAGUACUUCUGGACUCUGGCUCACUUGAUAAGGAUUCCUACUAGGGGGAAUGCCAAAUAAGGCCUUUUGGCUAGGCCCAAUGCUAGGGAAGUCCAAACUUUUCAUUAUUGAAUAUAUCACCAAUUCUCUAUUGGGUCAUCACAAACUAUUUUAAAAAAAUGCUUCUUGUACAAGUGAAAAUUGAGUUUCUAUUGUUUUUUUUAAUGAUUGUUUUUACUAAAUGAUCUUUUAUAUGGACUUGUCUCACGGUGAAACGGUCUUAUAGAAGACUAGCUAUAUAUAUAUAUCGAUUGUCCGUGGCAGUUUUAGCAGAUAAGUCCUGCAUGGAAGAAACUUCUUCACCACUGUCCAGUUGUACUUUUCUUAAUGGUAAUAAUUUAAAGGGUAAUAAUGCUAAAUAUUCAAAACAACAUUUUUAUGUGUAGGUUCAUGCCAUUUGAAUUCAGGAAGUAAAACAUUCAUUCCAAAAGAUCAAUAUAACAUAAUCUCAUUUGUCCUUUGAAGGCAAAGUGUUUGUGGGCUCCACUCACCUGGAAUUUAACUAUUUAAGAGGAAAAACCUAUAUGCUCAUGCACAUCCUUAUGGCUAUCACAUGAUCUAAUAGAGAUAAUUUGAUAAUUUGUGGCUAGGAAUUAAGAUGGCCUAUAAAUGGAUAAUAUGUUCUUUUUAAUUGGUAAGAAAAUUAUAUAGGCUUUUUCAUGAUUGUUUUUCAUAAUCCCCUCAAACAAUACAAGGUGCAUCACACUAAUUGUUUUCUAAUGAAUUAUACUAUUUAUUAACUUUCAUCAUGACAAUUCAUAAUUGCAAUUAAAAUGGGGCAUGCCAAAUUUUAAGGAUUAAGGAUUCACAUGUGUACCAUAUCUUUUUGGGUUAAAUUUAAUGCGCGCAUUUUUCUUUAUCUUCUCCUUGGAGGAAACACAAAUAUAAUAUGUGCGCUAACUGCUUCCCUCGCAUCUUGAAUUGUGAGGGAUACUGAAUCGAUAACU